AUAGUUUCUUACUUCAUGUAUGUAAUAAAAAAAAUACACAGGCUUUGGUUGAGUCUCAGCUAGAUUCUCUUUAUUAGAGUAAUGGAUCAGUGCUAGAUUUUAGAUGACAUAGUGCCAUUUUAGCUUUUUACUUUGGUUUCUUCACAUGUUCCAAUUGAGAGUGCUGUCCAAAUUAUGCUGUCCAAAUUAUUUGCACACCAAUCCUAUCUUAGUUUCUACUUCUUGAAAUCCACUAUAAGGCAUUUAGUUACUCUUUGGGGUAUAAUGAUAAUUAUAAAUUUUAUUCUUAUGGGUAGAUGCUAAAUUAUAAUGUAACUACUAUAGAAAUUGAAAAUGCAUUCAUAGUCUACUAAUCAUAAUUAAUAUUUCUCUCUUGGUUAAUUCAUAGAGCACAACAAAUAGAAUGGACACAGAAAAUCAAUCUGUAGUAUAUGAAUUUAUACUUCUGGGACUUGGAAACUCAUCAAAUAUGCAGUAUCUAUUAUUCAUUAUAUUUUUACUGCUUUACCUAAUCACUGUCUGUGGAAAUAUUGCCAUCAUGAUCUUAGUCAUCACUGACCCUCAUCUUCAUUCCCCCAUGUAUUUCUUUUUGGCCAAUCUGUCUUUUGUUGAUAUGUGGCUAUCUUCAAAUGCCACUCCUAAAAUGAUACAGGAUAUGCUUAAGAAGAAUAAGACCAUUUCUUUUGGAGGCUGCAUGUCCCAAAUCUUCUUUGCCCAUUUCAUUGGAGCACUUGAAAUGGUGAUACUUGUGAUAAUGGCCUAUGACCGCUAUGUGGCCAUUUGUAAACCACUUCACUACUCAGCCAUAAUGAGCUUGCAAAAGUGCAUUGGGUUGGUGUUGACUGCCUGGAUUGUGGGCUUUGUGCAUGCCAUUAGUCAAAGUAUUGUGGUUGUUCAGCUGCCUUUCUGUGGGCCAAAAAUAAUAGACAGUUUCUUUUGUGAUAGACCCCUGGUCAUCAACCUUGCCUGCAUGGAUUCCUAUAAGAUAAAAAUUUUAAUGAACAUUGACUGUGGUGUUGUGGCUGUAACAUGUUUUAUUCUGUUGUUGAUCUCCUAUACAUAUAUUCUCACCACUGUCCACCACAGCUCUAAAACUGGAGCAUCUAAGGCCCUUUCUACCUGCACUGCCCACAUCAUAGUGGUGGUUCUCUUUUUUGGGCCUUGCCUCUUCAUCUAUGUGUGGCCACUCAACAUCACCUGGAUGGACAAAUUUCUUGCUGUGUUUUACUCUAUAAUUACACCUCUCCUAAAUCCAGCCAUUUAUACGCUGAGAAAUAAAGAAAUGAGAAAAUCUAUUAAGAGAUUCAUAAUCCAGUAUGUGAAUUCUAAGUCAAAGACUUAA